AACCUGUAAAUUAAUUAGUAAAUACUAAAUUUCCCAUAUACCAGUUUUUAAUUAUAAUACAAUUAUGGGACAAAUUAAAUAAGUUCUACACAAUUCAGAAUAUUUUAUCAUUCAUAAAUUACAGAUAUUGAUUUUUCAAUAAAGAUUAAUUUUGGCAGCUGAAAUAUUUUAUCUCAAAAAAUUUGUUGACUAACUGCAGAUUUAAAUAUAAUUAAUAUUCGCUAACGCAAAAUAACUGUUUGGAAGAUGUAAAUAAAAUAUUAAUAACUCUAUUUUAUGGAAACUUUUCUGCAGUACGACAAAUCGUAUAAAAAUGUCAAACGAUAUCAAGUAUAUGUAAAAUUCAUCUGAAUGGAAAGAGUAAGGGAAUCUAACUGCUAUUUUUUAUAUCAUAUUGAAGUAAAUUUAUAUGUUCAAAAUGUUCGAAAUUUUCAAAAGUUUGUUCGGGUGGAUUGACGGGCUUUCGAGGAAGAGACGAGUUUCAGAAGUAGACUCUGACUCGACCAAUGAAUUUGCAACUCCAUCAAAAAGGCAUUGUCGUAACCAUCUGAAUAGUAUGAAAAAUAGCCGGGAUAUAAUAGAGAUCGAAGAUGACGAUGACGAUGAUGUCCAAGUUUAUGAAGAAAAAAUGUUCAACUCAAAGCCAAAUAAUCGUAGACCUUCCUGUUCUAUUGGUGUAAAUAGAAAUACUAUUCAUAAUAAUCAUAACAGUUCUCAAUUUUCAAGAGGCUCAUUAGAUUAUUCAGUCAUUAAACCAACACAUUUUUACGGUAAACACUUGCUUAAUUCUAAACAUGAUUUUUUUAAACAGUCAACUUUGAGCAAGACUUAUCAGCUGCAAGAAAAAGAGCAAUACGGAAAGCUGUUGAGAUCAUUUCUUCCUCAAAGAAUACAAGUCAUACAUUCAAAAACCAAUAAUAGGCGAUCCCAGAAACCUAUCGAAGUUAUUGACAUUGAAAGUGAUCCGUCAAUAUCUUCAAUAAAAGAGCCAGAGGUCUUUUCAACUCCAAAAUAUACUACACCUUCGAGAUACUUUACUCCAAUGGGUAAAUCGUGGACAAAGCCUGCAGCGAGGCGUCAAAGUUCUGUUGAAGAAAUUAUCAAAAUCGACGGAAAUGAUAUUUCAAAUAAAACGUUGGCUGCUUCAGCUGCAGUCAAAGAUAAAACCUCACCGAAAGUUAUUCCUGAAAUUAUAGUAAUCUCACCAGAAGAAGUAACUACAAAUUCUCUUCGAGAUAGACUAUCGACGAAGACUGUAUUGAAGAAAGAUUAUAUUCCUCGAGUUUCUGAACAAUAUAAUGAACGAAUGAAACAAAAAUGUCAAGAAGCCGAGGAGUUAAAGAAAACGAUGCACAUAUUAGCAAAGCGGAAUCGUAUGGCCCGUCAGAUAUCUCUUGAGCAGCAGCUUUCACAAUCAAUGAAACUCUAUGACGAAAUUGUAAUAGACGAUCAGUUUCUUGAUGAACCAAGCUUACCAGAGCUUACGGAUCCUAUGCUUGCUGAAGUGAGAAACGCUUUGAAUCUACGGCCUCCUGAUGAAGUCUUAGUAGAAAGUUUCGGUUUAAGAAUAACGAGAAAAGAUAUUCAUACUUUGGCUGGAUUAAACUGGCUUAAUGAUGAAGUAAUCAACUUUUACAUGAAUUUAUUAAUUGCCAGAGGUGAAAAUGAAAAAUACCCAUCGGUUUAUGCAAUGAACACAUUUUUUUAUCCUAAAUUAAUAUCAGGUGGUCAUUCAUCAUUAAAAAGAUGGACACGAAAAGUCGAUAUUUUUGCUAAAGAUAUUAUUGUGGUUCCUGUACAUCUUGGUAUGCAUUGGGUUAUGUCUAUUAUAGACUUUAGAGAUAAAUCGAUACGAUACUAUGAUAGUAUGGGUGGUAAGAAUCCUAAAUGUUUGGUUGCUUUGAGAAAAUAUCUUGAAGAUGAAAGCUUAGACAAAAAGAAAAAAUCUUUCGAUACUAGUGAUUGGACGUUAGAAAAUAUGGAAAACAUUCCUCAACAAAUGAAUGGAAGUGAUUGUGGCGUAUUUUCUUGUACGUUUGCUGAAUUCAUUUGUGCUAAUAGAGAGUUAACAUUUUCACAAGACAAUAUGCCGUAUUUUCGAAAUAAAAUGGUUUAUGAAAUACUUAAUGUCAAACUUUUGUAGUUCAGAAAAAACAUAGUUUUUAAAUUUUCCAUUUUGAGUUUAUAAUUUAUUAUUAACAAAAUAAAAAAAAAAUAUCUAGUGAUUUUAUGUAUUUAAAAUGUUCUUCUUUAAUAAAUAAUUUUUGAAAUUUUUCUUGUAACUUUGACAAAAAGGUCUUUACUGUGAAUGAGUCCAUUCAAUAAUUUGAUAAGGUAUUCAUACGAUUAUAUGCUAGCUGAUGAUAUAAUAAAAAUAGAAUUAUCAUCAAGUAUCAUUUUUAUUCCUAUGUUAAAUGCAAUAUAUGAUAAUAAAAAAAAAACAUUUAUAAUACAGGCACAAACAUCAAAAUGUUAUUUAUUUCUCGGUAAGAAUCAAACAUGCAUUAUUUCGCUUACUUUACAUUGUUUACAAUAAAAAUAGCACAAUUUUUAGUUUGUUACUUUUUUUCGUACAUAAAAAAGUAUUCGAUAAGUUGGUGUAAUUUUCUACAAUCAAAAAUGAUAGGAAUAAAAAUAAACAUUUACAAAUAAACUAUGUAAAUAAUUAUAUUA